AUGCUUCUUCUUUCGGCCCCUCCUUUCACUCUACGACUAUUUAUCAUUUCCAUUUUUGUUCCUCCUCUGCUGGCUUGCUGGUCUCGAUGGCUCUCCGCCUCGGAGUGGUGGUAUGGGGGGAGGCGUUGUUGUGGGGGCAGAAAACCGGGCAGGUGCUCCGUGGUGACCGCGCGCGGCGCUGGGCCGCUCUCCCCUCGCGACGGCGGCUUGAAGGGCGACAGUGCACGCUCCGUGUCCCCCGGUGACGCCUGUGAGAGGGAUGGCGGAACUGCCGGAAUGGCCGCAACACUCGGUGCAGUGGCGUUCGGCCGGCGCUCCUCCACCUCGCCUGCGCCCACGCCGAGAGCUGCUGGGCCCCCGCAACGUUUGUGGUCCGUGGUUGGCACACAUGCGGGCUGCUACUAA